AUGAAAUACACCAUGAAUCCUGCAGGCUGUACCACCUGGGAUGAAUGGGGCAUUGAUGCUUGGCAGACGAUACUGAAGAUCCUGGAAAGCGGUAGAUGGGUGCGCAACAAAUUCCACUUCCGCGAGGCCUGCCGACAGGCACGCAAAUUCUCGAAACCUGCGCUGGCAUCAUGCGGCUUUGCCCAGUUGCCGCUGCGCCAACGUCCACCGGAAGGAGAGGAGUUUGCCAACCUGGUGGAAGGUUUUCUCAAGGAUGAGCUUCUCGUGGCUUUGGAGAAGGAGUGGAGAUAUCCCUUGAUCUUGAAACCUGCACGAGGUGCAGGGAGUUACUACUGCCGAAAAGUGGAGUCCAAAGACGAGCUCCUGGAGAUUUUCGAUGCCUUGGAUGAGCGGUUCCGCAGCGAGAAGAAAACACCCCAGGAUGAUGUGAGUGCCGGCUGGAUCCUGGAAGAGUGGUUCAGCGGUCUGGAAGUGGAUGUGGAUGGCUGGGCCAAGGAUGGGGACGUGGAAUGGAUGUUGGUGUCGGACAACAAGGCCGUGCUAAGCCAUGCCUGCUGUGAGACAGGUGGCGUGUAUCCAUCCCAGCUGCCCAAAGACCUCGUGGAACUGCUGCGGGAACUCACACGCAAAGUCGUCCUAGCGUGUCCUGGGCUGCAUUCCGCCUUCCACUUUGAGGCCUUGAUCAACCCUGAAAGCAAGGAGGUGAUGCCCAUCGAGCUGAACUUACGCCUCGGUGGGGCUGAGUGCCCCUGUGGGGUGGAGGCAGUCACGGGGAUCUUCCUCCCCCUGGCAGCUGCGUGCUUGGCGCUGGGACAGCCGUUUCCAUGGCCCGUGCACUGCGCACCCAAGGUCAAGGUGGCUGCAUCCACCAAUGAAUAUGCCAGUCACGCUGGCAUUGUGGAAGCCUGUGAAGGGUCAGAGGAGCUGUAUGCCGACCCAGAUUUCCUUGGUGCGGCCUUCUUUGGAACCCAGGGUGCCACUUACGAGCCCAUGCGCGGCUCUAUGAGCUGCCUAUGUUGGAUUUGCGCGGGUGGUGGUGAUGCUUCUGAAGCUGCGGAAAAUUUGCAACGCUGUAUUUCCCUUUGCAAACUCAAGGUGCAGCUGUGAAACCGUUCAGCCAGGGAGAGCUGCGCUGCUGAAACUCUGGGCUGAUCGAGAUGUCCGCCGAUAACCAGGUUUCAGAACUUCACCUGGCGUCGCACCAGUCUACAUCCAUGAGAAAGAUGAUGAGCCAAAGGAAAAGAAAAGUGAGGCAAACACGUGAGAGAUGAGCUGAUGCGAGUUGUACAGAAACAAUUUCAAACCCAAAACUUGGGGUGCAAACGCAUAAAAGAGACAAAAGCAUGUAUGCUGCCCGCUGGCGGUGAGGUUGGGAUACCUUGAAAAAGAUGUGCAAAUGUUGUGAAACCACG